AUGUCCUCCAGUGUCAUGGUCAAGAGCGGCUCGGGCAUCCCAGCGAUGCUUGAGAUUUGGAGGUCGAUUUCUCUGCGCCAUGACGGCUUGGAUGUCCGUCUUGUGAGAUUGGAGAAUGGCCCAGAGGGGUCAUUCAUCGCUACGACCAAGUGUUAUUUUACCAUCACACUGUCGAUGAUCGGCAGCGUAGUCCUAUGGGGUUUACAGCUUCAUAUCUACAGUAGGAAAACUACUACCAAGCACGAACGCCACAUCAUCCAAGUUGCCCAGUAUCUUCAGUAG